AUGACCUCUACUCUAGGUCCACCACCGCCGUACUACGAGAACAGGGGCUUCCAGCCAGAGCCCCUCUACGCUGCCAGGCAGGCAGCAGGUGCUACUGCUUACCCUCAGCUCUUCUCCACAAACCCUCCCUCCGUGCCAAGCUACGUGCCCAGGGUUGCCACCCACCAGUCCAGCGGGCCAGCAGCUCCCCCGCCCAGGAGAACGUGUGCAGCCAGUCUAAGGAAAACCGCAAUAAUAAUAUUAUCUAUAUUAAUAGUAAUUUGUUGUGCGAUUGCUGCUUUCUUCAUCUGGUAUUUUGUAGAGAAUCACUGUCUCAGCUCCCUGAUGGAGUGUGGAUCCUCAGGGGUGUGCAUGUCCCCUUCCCAGUGGUGCGAUGGAGUGAGCGACUGCCCCAACGGGGAGGACGAGACCCGCUGUGUUAGACUUUUUGGACCAAAUUUUAUCCUGGAAGUUUAUUCACCUGUCAGCAAAUCCUGGUAUCCUGUUUGCCAAGACGACUGGAAUGAUGAUUAUGGGAAGACUGCCUGCAAAGACAUGGGCUACAGUGUAGAUACGUAUUUCUACAGUCGUGGGUUAGCACCUGAAGCCAGCUUUAAGAGCUACAUGAAGCUGAACACAAGUGCUGGGAAUAUAGACUUGUACAAAAAGCUGUACAACAGCGAUUCCUGUGCCUCAGGAAAUGUGGUUUCUCUGCGCUGCAUAGAGUGUGGCCUGUCCAGCAAGAGCGUGAGCAUCAUGAACAGGAUCGUGGGUGGCAGUGGGGCUGUGCUGGGACAGUGGCCAUGGCAGGUCAGCCUGCACGUGCAGGGCACCCACGUCUGCGGGGGCUCCAUCAUCACCCACCACUGGAUUGUGACAGCAGCACACUGUGUAGAAGGGCGACUUUCUGACCCACACAGCUGGAGGGUUUAUGCUGGGAUUCUGAACCAGGAUGAGAUGCUCUUUAGAAGUGGAUACAGAGUGCGGCAGAUAAUUUCCCAUCCAGAAUAUGACACAGACUCUAAAGACAAUGAUGUUGCCCUUAUGAAGCUAGAGACACCACUGAGUUUUACUGAAACUGUGAGGCCAGUUUGUCUGCCCAAUCCAGGAAUGAUGUUCCAGCCUAACCAGCAGUGCUGGAUAUCAGGAUGGGGAGCAGAGUACCAAGGAGGUAAAACAUCAAAUAACUUGAAUUACGUUGCGGUGCCCUUAAUAGAACGUUCGAGGUGUAAUGCUGUUUAUAUCUACAAUGGCAUGAUUCUGCCUACAAUGAUCUGUGCUGGAGACCUAGCAGGGGGAGUUGAUUCCUGUCAGGGUGACAGUGGAGGUCCUCUGGUGACUCUCCACCACUCUGUGUGGUGGCUGGUUGGAGAUACCAGUUGGGGCACUGGCUGUGCCACUCCCAACAAACCUGGAGUGUAUGGGAAUAUGACUGUGUUUACAGACUGGAUUCAUAGAAAUAUGCAGGCAAACAGAUGA